CAAGAAAGCUAUUAAACUAAUGGUAGCAACGGUUACUGCGUUUGGUGUUGGGGAAAAGUAAAAGUCAAGUCAGAUGGGCUGGCCGGACUCUCUCACACAUCGUUAGUUUUGAAUUCACAUUUGACAUUACUACCGAUUCCUCUAACCGCUUUAUACAUUUAGAGAUAGAGAGGGGGAGAGAGAGAGAGAAGGGGAACUCCGCCGGGGCUCAGGCGAUCGUAUUCUGGUAUCUCAGCAAAGAUGCCAGAUUCAGCUCAGGAAUUGGGAAAACACCAUGUAAACACCGAGAGUCAAGCAAGGGAAGACAGUGAAUAUGUAAGGCUGGUAAUAUCAAAUGGAGCAAGUAUAGGAGAAGUUGAUGUUGUGCAACCGCAAGCAGAAACAAGAAAAAGAUCUUUCAUCUGGUGGAUCAAGGCCAUAAUAUGGUGUUUUAUCACUGUCAUAAUCGUCCUCAUUUCUUUGAAAUGGGGAGUGCCAUUUGUUUUUGAGAAGGUUCUCCUUCCAAUCAUGCAAUGGGAAGCCACUGCCUUUGGUCGUCCAGUUCUUGCGCUUGUACUUGUUGCUUCUCUGGCCUUAUUCCCAGUGUUUUUGAUUCCUUCUGGUCCAUCGAUGUGGCUGGCGGGAAUGAUUUUUGGAUAUGGUAUUGGGUUUGUUAUAAUCAUGGUCGGGACAACUAUUGGGAUGAUCCUGCCAUAUUUGAUCGGUUUGCUCUUCCGUGAUCGAAUUCAUCAAUGGUUAAAGAGAUGGCCUCAGAAAGCUGCUAUGAUUAGAUUGGCUGGGGAAGGGAGCUGGUUCCAUCAGUUUCGAGUGGUUGCACUAUUUAGGGUUUCCCCAUUUCCGUACACAAUUUUCAAUUAUGCAAUUGUGGUGACAAGUAUGACAUUUUGGCCCUAUUUAUGUGGAUCAGUUGCAGGAAUGGUUCCAGAAGCCUUCAUCUACAUUUAUAGUGGUCGAUUAAUAAGGACAUUAGCAGAUGUCCAGUAUGGGAACCAUCACCUGACUACAGUGGAAAUCAUUUACAAUGUUAUCUCCUUUAUUGUUGCAAUCAUCACCACAAUUGCUUUUACUGUUUAUGCAAAGAGAACACUGAAAGAACUUGAAAGAACAAAGACUGGUGAUGAAGGCUCUGCCCAUGACAAUAGCAACUGCGAGAUGGAGAAGCUUCCGCUUGAAAGACCCAAGCAUCGGGGUGUUUCGUCAUCCUUGUCAUAGCCUGUAUGUGGUUUAGGUAGGUGGUUGUAUAUAAUUUGAGGUUUUGUUGGGGAUUGUAUUCCCUGAUAUUUUGUAACUUGAAAAAUGAAAAAAUAAUAUGCUACUUCACUUACAAACUUUUCUACAUGAAUUCCAUGUGAACCGUUGCCACUAAUCAGUUGAUGGUUGUGGUGGUGUCCCAGCAACUGUUGAAAAGAGCUGGUAAGAAGAGCAUUACUGAAUGAAAAAACACAAGAAAUAUGAUCUGUAAAUAUGAAAUUACCUUUCUUGGGGUAAUUAGGUAAAUGAAGAAGAUAAUACUUUAUAGAU